AUGGAUGCGAACAAUGCUCCCGUUGUUGCUAGUGAUACAUUUAAAAAGAAUAAGGCAAAACUUGUUUGGGAUCAUACAACCUUUAUGGUGUUCAUUGAUUUAUGCAUGAAUGAGGUUAAACUUGGGAAUAGACCUACUAGUCACUUCAAUAAGGUUGGGUGGGGAAACAUAGAGAAGAAGAUUAAGGAACGAACAGGAAAAUCUUUUGACAAGAAGCAACUUAAAAACAAAUGGGACACUAUGAAGAAAGAAUGGAAGUUGUAUGAUCGUUUAAUGAGGAUUGAAUCUGGCAUUGGAUGGGAUCCCGAGAGAAAGACAAUUGUUGCAUCACCAGAGUGGUGGGACGAAAAAAUAAAGGGAGAUAAAGAUCUUGCCAAGUUUAGGGACUUAAAUUUGGAGAUUUAUCAAAUGUAUUAUGAGCCUUUGUUCCGGGAUUCCGUUGCCGUUGRAGAUAAGACUAAGGCUCCCUUUGAAUGUCAAAACAAUAGCGGUCCAACUAAUGUUGAAGAUGAAGAAGAUCAUGAGGGAAAAGGAGAUAGUGAUGAAGUGAAUUUAGGCGACGAUGAUAGACUUCUUUUUCCGCAAAGUAGUUCGAGUAAGAGGAAGAAGCCGAAUAAUGUCGCACCUACCCGUUCAACCAAGGGAAAAUCUUCUGUAAGUUCCUCAUUUGAGGAUAAACUAGAUACUGUAUUGGAGGCACUAUCAUCACGAAGCACACAAAGUUUUUCAUCACAGAAUAAUUACUCACCAACGACACAAGAAUGCAUGGACAUUGUGACAUGUUUUCCAGGAUUUGAAGAAGGUUCAAAGAUGUAUAGCCAAGCAUUACACAUCUUCCUAAAAAAGCAAGAUUGUAUUGGUGCUAUCGAUGGGACACACGUAAGGGCAUCGGUUCGAGAGCAUGAGCAAGCAAAAUACAUUGGUAGGAAAGGAUAUGCCACGCAAAAUAUUAUGGCAGUUUGUGAUUUUAAUAUGUGUUUUAYGUUUGCAUGGGCUGGAUGGGAGGGAACUGCACAUGAUACACGUAUAUUCUUCGAAGCCUUACGCAGAACUGAACUUAAAUUUCCACAUCCAAUCGGUGGUUAG